UUGUUUUGUUUGGCGGGUUGCCUAAAAGUUGUUUUUGGCAUUCCAGAAAUAUUUUAUUUUAUUUGCCUGCCCAAACGGGAAGAAAAUAUGGAAUGCUUUUAAGUGUUUAGUUUUAUUAAACACGGUUUUUUAAUAAUUUGUGUUGGGGUGUAACUGGAACAAUGAAUGAAGCUGCCGCCUUGCCCCAUGGACCCCCGAUGAAUAUUCUUCCGCCUACGCCCGCAGGAUUAGAAUCUCUGUACACUCUGUGUAGGAAAAUUUACCCCGAUCAAGUUAAUCCGUUGCAAGUUACGGCUCUUCUGAAGUAUUGGCUCGGAGGUCCCGAUCCUUUAGAUUACAUAUCUAUGUACGCAAACCCAGGCAUUCCACAAGAAAACAUUCCCCCUCAUUGGCAUUACAUCAGUUUCGGUCUCUCGGAUUUACAUGGUGAUGGAAGAGUCCACGACGUGUCAGCCCCAGACGGAGUCUCAGGUUUCGGAUUUGAGUUGACAUUCCGACUCAAAAGAGAGCCUGAAGAAACCGCACCUCCGACAUGGCCAGCCACUUUGAUGCAAUCACUUGCUAAAUACGUUUUUCAGUCAGGCAACACCCUGUGUGCUGGAGACCACGUGUCCUGGCACUGCGCUUUAGACAACAGCGAAUCUCGAGUCCAACACAUGCUCAUGACCACAGAUGUCCAAUUGCAGUCCACACAGACCCCAUUUGGGUCAGUCGAUUUCGUCCAGAUCGUAGGAAUUUGCGUCGAGGAGCUAAAAGCAGCCCAGCAAUGGAACGGAGCUGGCGUCCUUAACAUGAUCAGCAGACUGCCGUCCGCUGGCGGCGUCUGGUUCAUCACGGACAUGCGCAGAGGCGAAAGUAUAUUCGAACUGGACUUAAACUCACACGAAGAAGUAGAAAGGGGCUUUGAACUCGAAGGCUCCAAUUUAAGUGGAGUCAGUGCUCGAUGUUCAUGGAUGGAGCAAGAUCCGAGCCACGCAGACAUGCACCUGAAGGAAAAAUCAGAUUGUGACAAUACGCAUCCUCAAGACACUCUUCGCCUGAAUCCCACACUCCCAAAAAGCAUUCAGAACGCCAACUUCGAGCAGAAUCGCAGCAGUAGCACCAACUUUAAAAUGGACGAAAUUAGAAAUAGUUCUGGGGUGUUGGAAUCCACGGAGUUGUUACACAUAAAGAAGCUUGAUGGAGUGCAUUUGGUGUUUAAUUUGGAAGCGGGAAGUUUAUUGCCGUUAGCAAUAAGGGGGCGCGUCAAGCAUGGAAGACACUUUACGUUCAAGUCAGUGUUGGGUGAGACUGCUAUAACUCUAGUGGCGAGCACCGUAACAGGGACUCUUGUCGAUCCAGAACAUCCUUACGUUGCGCAGGGGUCGUGGCUCCAAAUUCUCAUCACAGAUGAGUUGGCACAGGAUAUGGCAGUCACUUUUCAAGUCCUGGCGAGUCCUGAGGCCCUUUCGUUACCAAAAACAUUCUCGUGGCCUGAUAAAAAGUUAUCAGUGACGAUCGUAGCGGACAAACUGUAAAGGACUGUUAAGGAGAGCUGCAUUUAACUGAAUUUUACUCGUUUAUACUUAACAUAUGAGAUUUGAGAGCAAUAUCAAAAUAAGAUUAUUUUAUGUAUAUGUAUGCUAGGUUAAGCUGUUUAAUUUAUUAUCUUAUUUAUUCAUGUUAUUUAACUCCACUUUAAUGUCUGUAUAUUUUUACUAACUUUGAAAAAAAAGUACAAAUUGUUGGAUAGCUGACCGUGCCUACAAUAAAUUUCAAAAUAAUUAAACUUUGAAGUAAA